AUGAACACACAGCAAGGGCCGCAGGCCAGAGUGCCUCUCAAUGCUAUCGUAGUCGGUGGAGGUAUUGGUGGAAUUGCGACUGCGCUCAGUCUGGGACGUCGAGGACACAAUGUCACCAUUCUCGAGUCAGCGCCAAAGUUGAUGGAAGUCGGAGCGGGUAUUCAAGUGUCGCCGAAUAUGGGCAAACUGCUAGACCGCUGGGGAGUAUCAUAUAGAGAAAAGGCAACCUUAUUAGAGCAAAUCGAUAUUAGAAGAUGGCAAGAUGGCAGUCUUCUUGCCUGCAUGCCCUGCAACCCAGCUCAUGGCGACCAGUUGACUAUUCACCGAGCAGACCUGCACAACGCAUUGAUUGACAAGGCUCUCUCAUUGCCUAACGUCAAACUCCUUGUCAACUCGCAUGUGGUAGACGUGGACUUUGAAAAGACAGAGGUGGUCCUGGCGGAUGGAACUGCCAUCCGUGGAGAUGUGGUGCUAGCCGCAGACGGUAUCAAAUCCAACAUUCGGCCAAAACUACUCGAAGACAACACAAUGAAAAUCGAAGCUACAGGGGAUGCUGCAUAUCGCAUCAUCCUAUCUCGAGAAGAAAUGCUUUCUCACCCACUGUUGAAAGAAAUGAUCGACCAAUCUCGCGCAACGCGAUGGAUUGGUCCCAAUCGACAUAUAGUGGCAUAUCCACUGAGAAAUCAUGAGCUGUUCAAUGUCGUCCUCCUGCAUCCUGAUCGAGGAACGGUUGAUGAUGCGUGGACUAUCCAAGGCUCUAAACAAGAUAUGAUUGAUGACUACGCUGGCUGGGACAACAGGAUUACGCAGAUCAUUGCCAAUGUCCAGGACGAUGCUAUCAUGGAAUGGAAGCUAAACCUCUAUCCGACAUUGAGGACUUGGGUCAAAAAAUCGGUAGCCUUACUCGGAGAUGCGUGUCAUCCCAUGCUCCCGUAUAUCGCUCAAGGAGCUGCUCAGGCAGUCGAAGAUGCCGGCGCUCUAGGAGUAAUCCUCUCGUCGAUCUCCUCAAAACAGGAAAUCCCCGCUGCCCUGGAAGCAUAUCAGAGCUCUAGAAAAGCACGAGCCGAGCAAGUUCAACAAUCCGGCAAAAUGAACCGUGUCUCUUUGCAUCUUCCGGAUGGCCCUGAACAGCAACAACGGGACGAGAUGUUUCGAUUGGCGAUGAAAGGAAACUCGGAGAGCCCAGAUCGAUGGGUGGAUGAGAAGACGCGUAAGGUCUUAUGGGAGCACGAUGCCGAGGAGGCAGCCCUAAGGACGUGGAAAGACUCCCAAAAUAAACAAUCACGAAUUGCAAAUCUUUAG